AUGCCGCAGUGUGUCGCUGCCAGUCUGACCGUCUUUGUGAGCAUGAUGGUGGGGGCGUUCCUGUGGGGCGGCCUGGCAGACAAAGUCGGCCGCCGGCGCUGUCUGCUUGUGGCGUUGGCGAUAAACUGCGUCUUCGCCUUCCUGUCUUCCUUCGCCCAAGGCUACGGCCUCUUCCUGUUCUUCAGGCUGCUGUCUGGCGUCGGUAUCGGUGGAACAAUACCCAUCGUGUACACGUACUUCUCCGAGUUUCUUCAAAUGGACAAGAGAGGAGAGCAUCUGUCCUGGCUGUGCAUGUUCUGGAUGAUUGGUGGGAUCUACGCAUCCUUCACGGCCUGGGGCAUCAUCCCCAGAUAUGGCUGGGGCUUCAGUAUGGGCACAGAGUUCCAGUUCCACAGCUGGAGGGUCUUCAUCCUGGUCGCAGCUCUCCCUGCCAUCACCUCUCUGGUCGGACUCACCUUCAUGCCGGAGAGCCCUCGCUUCCUCCUGGAGAACGCCAAACACGACGAGGCGUGGAUGAUCCUGAAGCGAGUUCACGACACCAACUGGAGAGCCAAGGGACAACCGGAGAAAGUCUUUACUGUGACUCACAUCAAGGCUCCUAAAACAGCAGAGGAUGAGUUUAUCGAGAUUCAGAGCGCGACAGGAACGCCUGUGCAGCGAUGGGCAGUGCGCUCGCUAACGCUCUGCAAACUGGUGCUGAAGAACGUGGCGUCUCUCAUGUCGGCAGAGCUGAGGUUAGCUACGCUCUUCAUGGCCGUCAUCUGGUUCUGCAUGGCCUUCAGUUACUAUGGUCUGUCCGUGUGGUUCCCUGACAUGAUCAAACACCUUCAGUACGAGGAAUACAAGUCCAAGAUCAAGGUGGUGCACAGAGAAAGAGUCAAGAACUUUAACUUUCACAACUUGACUUUGGAAAACCAGAUCCAUACAGAAGGAGAAUACAUCAACGACAAGUUCAUCAGUAUAGUGAUGAAGUCAGUGAAGUUUGAGGACUCACUGUUUGAAGACUGUCACUUUGAGGACAUCAGGUCCACAGACACAGUGUUUGAGAACUGCACCAUCCGCUCCACGCUCUUCACCAACACAGAUCUGUGGGAGGAGAAGUUCAUCAACUGCAGGAUGGAGAACUCCACUUUUGAGCACAACAAACAUGGCUGCCACCUGGACAACGGCGCGGAGAACGACGUGCUCAUCUACCUGGUCAGCUUCCUGGGCAGCCUGGCCAUGUUGCCGGGCAACAUCAUCUCGGCGCUCUUCAUGGAGAAGAUCGGCCGAGUGAAGAUUAUAGGUGGCUCCAUGCUGAUUUCGGCCGGCUGCACCUUCUUCCUGUUUCUGAGCUUCAGCCAGGCGGCCAUCAUCGCCCUGCAGUGUCUGUUCUGUGGCGUCAGCGCAGCGGCGUGGAACGGCAUCGAGGUGGUGACGGUGGAGCUCUACCCGGCCUCUAAAAGGGCCACGGCGUUCGGCGUGCUGAACGCUCUGUGCAAACUGGCCGCGGUCCUCGGCAGCUCCAUCUUCGCCAGCUUCGUGGGCGUCACCACGGCCGUCCCCAUCCUCCUGUCCUUCGCUGCGCUGGUGUGCGGCGGCCUGAUGGCGCUAAAGCUGCCCGACACGCGGGAGAAAAUCCUGCAGUGAGGUCGCUGGGAAAUUUGAGCGCUCGACUUCGCAAGCUGUUUUUCAUUCUGCAUUUCGAAGAAAGGCUCACGCCUGUUAGAUGUAAAAAAUGAAAAAAACUAUUUCUGUCUUUAUUUUCAUGUGCACCAUUUUGUUUUUACGAGCUCUGCAGAGGAGGGCGAUGAUCCGCUUUGAGUUUAGAAGUUUAGUUCUUCAUGUUUCAGUGUUAGAAAGUGAAGCUGAUACACUGGAUCAAACUUAAGUAUUAGGGCCAUGUUGAAAAAUUGUUUUUUGACAAGAACAAAGUCGUAAUUUUAUGAAAAUAAAGUUGUGUGACAAUAACACGUAACUUAAUGAGAAUAAAGUCAAAAUAUUACAAGAAUUUAUUUUUACAAAAAUAAAGUUGUAAUAUUACUAGAAAAUAAAAUAAUUUUACAAGUGUAAAGUCAUAGUUUCAUGAGAAUAAAGUAUUAGGAGAAAAAUAAAUAUGUAUAUAAUAUUUAACAAUACAUUUGUAAUGUUACAAGAACGAAGCUGUAAUAUCUCAAGUACGACUUUAUCCUCAGAAUUCCUUUCCUCCGACAUGGCCCUAACACUCCGUUCUACUAAAUCACAUCAUCGAACUCUACGUGUUUUUUUUAUCCACGUGUGACGACAUCGUGAAAUCGCUGAAGUUACAUUUUUCCUCCGCUUUGUGUCGCUCAUACUUGAAAACACGUUUUUUGUUCUCGGCAGCUUCGGCUCCACUCUCAGUGUUUGUCCUGCGUUCUAGAGGAAAUGGAAUCUCAUCAGUGUUCGCCGCCACUCGCUGAACCGAGUAGUCCUCAGCGCUGCAUCGCCCAUAAUUCAAUAAUGUCAUUAGAGUAGAGCUCAUACCUCCACCAGCCGAACAGUCCCCUCUGAUUCAAUCAAGCUGCAUCAGAUCAUAGAUAUUAGACUCCUCAUUUCCCUGAUUGUUAUUCUGUCGAGAUCCACAAAUUAUUUUCCAGGAAAAUAGUCAAAAUGUUUAAAAAAAAAAAAAAAUCUUGGUAAACCGUCAAGUAGUUUUUGUGUAAUCUCACAAAAAGAAAGACGAACAACUUCGGGAAACUUAGCAUGAAGGUAAUUAGAGUCCGCAACUGAAAAUUCACUCCGAUGUCACAUUUCUUAAAUUACUGUCUGAACUUCAAUUUGCUGCAUCUUAUUUCUGGGGAAACUUUUUUUUUUUUUUUUAAAACAGGCAACAACAAAAUCAACUUGAAGUACUAACUACAUGUGUAAUUCCAAUAGCUUUCAAUAGAUGGCGCAUGAUUUCUCUACCGUCAGCCAUUCACCGCAGUUUUUAACAUCUAAUCAAACUAAUGCAGAGAAUUAACGUCGGUGAACGCUGCAGUGGUUUUACUCAUAAUGUGAAACAACCACGUCUUUGUGUAUUGAAGCUCAACAUUUUGUCUCGUGUGCAUGAGUGCGAUCACGGUGCGGGGGAAAGUGCGUCCUCACCCGGCUUCACUUACACUUUAUGAAUCGAAUUCGCUAUUUAGCAAAAUGAGCAAAAGUCUUAUUUCCAAAAGGUAAACUAGACCGAAGAGAAAACGUUUCGGUCUUAUGAAAGAAUCAACUUUUCCCGAGUUUCAUGCAAAACGAAAACCUUACGAACCGUUAAAGAAGUCUCGUGUUGAUAUUAAUGUUUUUCUUUGUGUGAUGUACAGUGUUGGAAACGGCUUCUGAAUAACGUGUCUUUAUUUUCACUCUGUCGUCUGUGUCCGACGUUUCUGUGAAGACGAUGAGACGUGUUCUUGUUCUUGGUUUGAAUGUUUUGUUCUUCAACUCACUGUUUUUCUUUCCGUGAGUGGAGAAAACUAAAAGUUUCUCUCCCGUGUAAGAAGAAGUUUUUGUUUGAUUCAUCUCUGUCUGUCGCUGUGUGCAUCUGUGGCUGUGACAAAUCUGACCAAUAAAAAGUGGGUGGC